AUGUCUGAAGAGCCUAAAGAUAAGAGAGCGUUGGAAAAGGAUAAUGCCAGCUCCACCGCUGAUGUGAAACCUAAGCAGAAGAGGAGAAGAAGAAACUAUGAUGAUUAUGACGAAGCAGUAGCAAAGGAAGAAAAGGACAGUAAAGCUAACCGCAAGGAAAAGAAGUCGAACGGUACCUCAGAAGGUGCAGAUGAUGCAUCUGAUGAGUCUGAAAUGGAUGACGCCAAAUUAGAUGCCCUUGUUGGUAGUGACGAGGAAGAAGAAGAUCUUGCAGAAAUCGACACCAGCAAUAUAAUCACAGCUGGAAGAAGAACUCGUGGUAAAAUCAUUGAUUACAAGAAAACAGCUGAGGAACUCGAGAGUAAAAAUGGCACCGAGCUGCAAGAGGAAACAGAAGAAGCGGAUGACGAUUUCAAGGAGUGA